UGUGACCGUGCACGCAAAAACCAACCUUACGCCGCAUUUUUGCGAAGUAGCUUUUUUUGUAUCGUUGUAAAGCUUGAAAUGCGCUUGAUACAGGGCUUAUUUUUGUAUAUUUUUUGGGAAAACGCUUUAAAAGUUAUGAUUUUUCAAACGCGGGCCACGCGGGGUUAUACAAAACGCAAAAUAGUCGAUUGAAAUUUUGCCGUAGUCUUGUCCGCGCACGAAUAUGACGUCACGUUACUGGAUUUUUCCCGGGAAAUUUUUAGCCAACCAGCCAGAGAGAUGCGGUGUGAGCGUGCAGUUUGACAGCAGACGAACGCUUCUAUCGGCCCUACCGGGCUGAGUAGACUUCAGGCCGAACUUGUCGUGGCAGAUCUUGGCGUAAGUGAGGUAUCAUGAACGCAAAAAGGCCGUCUAGCCACACAGCGCGCGGGUAGUACGACGGGCUACCUGACGUCUCUCGGAAAAUCGAUGACCGGAGGCACUCUGCUCCCAGCAGCUUUUGUCUAUUCAGUUUGGACGUCAGUACAGCACGUACGCAGAGAAGAGAAUGUGCGUCUUUGGUCCUAGACGCCGCCUGUGUCAUCCAUCACCAGCUUCAGGACCGACAACCUGGGGAGAUUGACAUAAGAUACCACUGCCUAGCGAGGGAGAGUCCAGAGGGUCUGACCACAUGUGGCAGUUCGUUUGUUGUCAGCGUGAAGACCUACAUCAACCUCUCCAAGACCAUGAUGCUGGAAGAAGUGAUGCAGGAGGGAGACCACUGUGUUAGCUCCUUUUCCCACGUCAGAUGCCUCAUCAAUGAGUUUGUGUUCACAAUACCUCGGAUGGGUCCUCUUCGCGAGGUGAGGACGGCGCCCGCGAACGAGUUCUUCUGCAAGAGGCACAGAGUCAGACAUCGGUUUUGCACACUACACGUGGCAAGAAGUUCCCUCCAAACUUGCCAGAAGGUGGUGUAUGCGACUGCCGGACGAGGGACCGAGAGACUGCUGGCUCUGGUAGAGGGACCACCAGAUCUUUUAGUGUCAGCUGGAUGGUAG